AUGGCUAAAAAGCGGCUACAUUUCGACAUUCUCGCCUGUACAAUACUUCUAGUGUUCGGAUUCUUCUGUGGACAACUGCUGGGACGUUGGAGCGGUUAUGAACAAAUGAGGCCUGUCAAACAGUAUCAGAUAGAACAACCCACAGUUGGUCGUCAUUUCUUGGAAGUUAAAGUGUUCUGCUGGAUCACUACACAUCCAGCAUCCCACAAGACAAAAGCAUAUGCAGUAGCGAACACAUGGGGUCAGCUGUGUAAUCGGAUUGUGUUUGUUUCUAAUGGAACCGAUGAGAAAUUGCCAAUAAUUCUGGUGAACAUCAGUGAAAGUAGAGGUCAACUAUGGUCGAAAACACGCAAGGCUUUCAAGUGGAUUUACAAGAACGUUUUGAAUGAUUACGACUGGUUUCUGAAAGCAGACGAUGACACCUACGUGCACAUGGAUAAUCUUCGAGCACUACUACUGGAUUAUUCACCGAACGAUCCUCUGGUAAUUGGACAUCUGUUUCAACCGAAUAUUGGACAUGGUGUUUACCAUAGUGGUGGAGCCGGUUAUGUUCUCAGCAGAGAUGCCGUGAAGAGACUAGUGGGCCGAGGAUUUGCAAAAUUCCCUAUUUGUAACAAGAAAAACGCUCAUGAAGAUGUAUUCCUUGGAACAUGCUUGAAUAAACUUAACGUGACAUUUGUUGAUGGUGCCGAUAAAAAUGGAGCAUACAGAUUCCACGCCGUAGCUCUCUAUGAUUUCCUGGAUAAUCAUGUGCCGAAAUGGCUGAGGAAUAAAUCGAAGACGAAACUUAAGAUGAGAUUCUUUUUCUUGUUGCUCUCCUCAUUUUAUUUCAAUGCACUAUGCAAAAGAAAACUAUCAGUAUCUAAUCGACUUCCUUGCACAUCGUCUGAAACCAUAUGGAGUAUAGGACUAGUAAUUUGUUCAUAA